AUGGCGCCUCGCGAUGACUCUGCUGUGCUCCCACGCCUCAAACCCACCCACAUUGCCGAUCUCAAGACGCUGAGUGACCUGCUUCACCUCGUGUUUCAUCGCAACAAAAAUCAGCAUCGUCUCAGCUUUUGGUGGCGCGGUUUUUCUACCUUUAGACGCGAGUAUCAACAUUUACUGGCUGAAUAUGAAGCGUCCAAAUCAAGCAAGACGGCCAAGAAACGUGCCAGAGCAAGACUGGACACAUGGACACAGUUUAGAGUACCUCAAUGGUAUCUUUCAUUCACACACUUGAUCAGCUCCAACCAGUUCAGUGCCAUUGGACUUGUCCUUCUCGCCAUCCUAGCCUCAGUGUCUUCUCUUUUUGGCAUCACAGCAGCAUUUGAGAAAGAGGGAGAAAAGCAAAUGCAGGAGAUGCUACAUGAGUUUGCCCAGAAAGAUGCCAAGGAAUUGUUUGCAGCAACGGCGGCUGGCAACAAGGACGAGGACAUGGGUGAAGUUAUCAAGAGGCCCCGUGACCCAGAGCCAGAGCCGGAACUUACUGAACCUCCUGCCAAGAAAAAGGCUGUUACGUCGAAGAAGGUUGUAGAGGCCAAGAAGAAAAAGAAGAAGAGCAAGAAUGCAAUUGAUGACUUGUUUGCUGGGCUUUGAUACCUCGGAUAGAGGAUCCUCAAUACUAGAAUAGAC